AUGGUACUCAAGGGAAAGAAUCUGAUUGUCUUCGACUUUGACUGGAGCUUCGUGGAUCAGGAUACCGAUCGUUGGGUGCUGGAGGUCCUGUCCACCAAGGCCAGACGUGGAUGGCAGGCGGGUAAGAAGGAAGCGCCUUGCUUCAUGCCUUCCAUCACUGACGCAGCCAUGAAGGUGCUCUGGGAAGAGGGAAUCACCAAGGAUCAGAUUCUCGAAGCCAUUGCUGCCAUUCCUCUUCACCCGGCGAUGAAGCGCGCUGUGCUUGGCCUGAAGGCGCGCAAGCCAGACACCAAAUUCGUCUGCUUAUCCAACUCGAACCAGAUCUACAUCAAUACGAUCCUCGAGGCUCACGGCAUCUCCGACCUGUUCUCCGCACUCUUCUGCAAUCGCGCUCACUGGGAUCCCACCCAUCCUGAUCGGCUGCUUAUCGAGCCAUAUCUCCCCCCAUCCGCCCCUCCGCACGCCUGCACCAUGUGCAAUCCAAACAUGUGCAAAGGCGCCGAGCUCGACGGGUGGAUUAGGGAGAAUGGCGGAUGGGACGCGUUCGACAAGAUUGCGCAUGUCGGUGAUGGCAAGAAUGAUUUCUGUCCUAUGGUCAGGCUCAGAACUGGGGACUGGGCGAUGGUGAGGAAAGAUCUGGGGCUGGAUUUGAUGCUCGAAGAAGGGAAGGAAGCGGAGUUAGCGGCGGAUGUCAAGAGGUGGGAGGGGGCGUGGGAGGUUGAUGAGAUUUUUCAGAGCUUGUAG